AAAAAACAAAAACAAAUAUCUUAAAAUUGUAAAAUAAUACAAAGAUCCUACGAAAAAUCAGCGACAACGCAUUGAAAAUAAUACGAAAAAUCGUCUUUAACUACAGCAAUUUUUAGCUUUUCAAAAUUGCUGUCUAGUUUACUAUUCUUACAUUCUUUUCAUUAGGAUCUAUAUAACCCAUUUCGGUUGGCCAAAUCUAAUGGUUCUGUGAUACCUUUGAAUGUGCCAAAUUUACAUUAAAAUCACAGUUUCUUGUACGCCAAAAAAAAUUUCAUUGAAUUCAAAACCAUUUUUCUAUAACUUUUGGAUACAAAAAACUGCUGAAAACAAUAAGAUCUGCAAAAUUCUUUAACUCUUUUAUCAAACGCAAAUGCCGCAAACUAAUUAAACCAUAUAAACAACGACAAAAUGGAAUUGGAAAUGUUAUCCUUUGUUUGUCGCAAGCCGCUGAUUUGACAACGUGCUGAGCCUGCGGUUUGACGUUAGUACGCAUUCUCAAGCGUUCCCUACGAAAUCACUACACAAGCGAAUCUUUCGCUCUUCAGUCAGCUAUAGACUGUCGUGCGCGCAACUGCCGCAUUUCACGCGCUGAAGCGCGCUGCAACUCUAACUCACUCUAUCCACCUUUUCUGUGGUGCGCAGCGCAAGUAACAGCUGUUGACUUUCACGCGCAUAGUUUCUCGACAAAACGCUCGCCCGUGAAAAAUAAUUAUCAAACAAAAUAUAAACAAAUAAAGAGAAGAGAAAUACAAGAUCAACACACACACACAAGUCAUGUCUCGAAAAAUUUCACAGAGCAGCCGCGCGACGCGACGGCAUCCGCUUGCAUUAUGCAACUCCGUCUUUGUACUCGCCAUCGUGCUCCUGCUACAUACACACAAUUGUCAUGCGGACGGCAUGCAACAUUUAGCGGAUAGCGGCGGCGGCGUUGGCAUGGGUCCGCACUCGUUGGAUGUCAGUCCUGCGCCUGGUUAUGGCCUGCCCGCCAUACCAAAAGAUCCAAAUUCGCGUUGCGAGGAGAUUACUAUACCCAUGUGUCGUGGUAUUGGCUAUAAUAUGACUUCCUUUCCGAAUGAAAUGAAUCACGAGACGCAAGACGAAGCGGGCUUGGAGGUACAUCAAUUUUGGCCACUCGUCGAGAUCAAAUGUUCGCCGGAUUUGAAAUUCUUUCUCUGCUCCAUGUAUACGCCCAUCUGUUUGGAGGACUAUCACAAGCCGUUGCCCGUUUGUCGUUCGGUUUGUGAGCGUGCACGCGCCGGUUGUGCGCCCAUAAUGCAACAGUAUAGUUUCCAGUGGCCCGAACGCAUGGCUUGCGAGCACUUGCCACUGCAUGGCGAUCCUGAGAAUCUCUGCAUGGAGCAACCUUCGUAUAUGGAGUCGGGUAGUGGCGGUUCUGGUCGUGAUGGCUCAGCGAGCGGCGGUUCAGGCGGCAGCGGUAGUGGUGGUAGCGGUGGUAGUGGCGGCGGUAAGCGUAAACAGUCUUCAUCCGGUGGUUCGGGCUCGCAGAAAUGUAAAGGCAAAAAUUCAAAAAACUGCCAAAAUUCCCUAGGAGAAAGAACAAACGCAAAGGAUUGCACGUGCUCGUGUCGCCCGCCACUCCUGCUCCUGGGGAAGGAAGCGCUGAUGCAGCCACCACACAUGCACUACCCAUGGUACAUGAAUUCAACUGUACAAAGAAUCGCCGACGUACAAAAUUGCGCAAUCCCUUGCAAGGGUCCGUUCUUCACAAACGACGAAAAGGAGUUCGCCGGCAUAUGGAUCGCGCUGUGGUCGGGUCUAUGCUUCUGCAGCACGCUGAUGACACUAACCACGUUCAUCAUCGACACCGAAAGAUUUAAAUAUCCCGAACGACCAAUCGUCUUUCUCUCCGCUUGCUACUUCAUGGUCGCAGUUGGUUAUUUGUCGAAGAAUUUUUUGCAGAAUGAGGAAAUCGCUUGCGACGGCCGUUAUUUGAAGGAGAGCUCAGCGGGACCGCACUCAUGUACAUUGGUCUUUCUGUUGACCUACUUUUUUGGUAUGGCUUCAUCGAUAUGGUGGGUGGUAUUAAGUUUCACUUGGUUCCUCGCCGCCGGUCUUAAAUGGGGCAAUGAAGCCAUCACCAAACACUCGCAGUACUUCCAUUUAGCUGCCUGGCUCAUACCCACUGUGCAAUCAGUAGCCGUACUACUGCUCUCAGCUGUCGAUGGUGAUCCCAUACUCGGCAUCUGCUAUGUUGGCAAUUUGAAUCCACAACAUUUGAAAACAUUCGUGCUGGCACCGCUCUUUGUAUACCUCGUCAUCGGCACCACAUUUUUGAUGGCCGGCUUUGUUUCGCUUUUCCGCAUACGUUCCGUUAUCAAACAACAAGGCGGCGUUGGCGCUGGCGUGAAGGCUGACAAAUUGGAAAAACUAAUGAUACGUAUUGGCAUCUUUUCCGUCCUCUACACCGUCCCUGCAACCAUCGUGAUCGGAUGCUACCUGUAUGAGGCCGCCUACUUUGAAGACUGGAUCAAAGCGCUCGCCUGUCCAUGUGCACAGUCGAAAGGGCCGGGCCGAAAACCAUUAUAUUCGGUACUUAUGCUCAAGUACUUUAUGGCAUUGGCAGUUGGUAUUACAUCGGGCGUUUGGAUCUGGUCUGGUAAGACGUUGGAAAGUUGGCGUCGCUUUUGGCGUCGACUCUUCGGUGCACCGGAUCGCACCGGCGCCAAUCAAGCGCUCAUUAAACCGCGUCCGCCCAUACCACAUCCGUAUGCGGGCUCCGGCAUGGGUAUGCCUGUCGGUUCGGCUGCGGGUUCGUUACUUGCUACACCCUAUACACAAGCAGGUGGCGCUUCAGUUGCCUCCACCAGUCACCAUCAUUUGCAUCAUCAUGUUCUUAAACAACCGGCUGCAAGUCACGUAUGACAUGGAGAGUCAGGUGGAGCU